AUGCCACCAAAAAGAGCUGCUCCGGAAGAGCCUUCGGAUUUUGAAAAGCAGCGACUGGCCAAUAUUGCUGAGCGCGACAAAUUGCUCGCCGAGCUUGCAGUCAAGAAAAAUGCUGCCCAGGCUGGGCUCUAUGCGAAGCCUGCGAAACGUCCAGCGUCGUCAAAGUCCAAAUCCACACCUGCGAAAAGGAUCAAGAAAGAAGAAAUUGCUCCUCGUAGGAUAUCGUCUCGGUUGGCAGGUAUACAGGCAGACAGCGAAGUCCAGCGUGAGAAGGAGGAGAAAAUGUACGAAGAGCAGAAAGAACGCGAUAUCGAGCGUCGCAAACGAAGGACAGACGACCUUAAGUUGGGAGACAUAACUGUCAAUGGUGGCAUUAGUGGGUUCUUUGGCUCAGAUUCCCUCCUUCGUCCUGUCGCAAGGCCAAAUGAAAGAACUUUUGGUGAUGAGGAAAUCAAGGAGACAACAGACAAAGAGCUAAAGUCCUUACGCGAGAAAAUGAGCGGCUUGGAAAUAUGGGAUGCUUGGGAGCCGACCAGGAUUAAGAUAACUCCCGAGCGAAUAUACUCGGCAUCGUUUCACCCAACCGAAGAAAAGCCAAUUGUCUUCAUGGGAGACAAGCUAGGGCAUUUGGGUAUAGUAGAUGGAUCGCAAAAGCCUGAAGUUUCGGCCGUCAAGCACGAAGACGAUGACGAGGACGAAGAAGAUGACUACCCAGACCCUAUCAUAACCACCAUCAAGCCACAUACACGCACCAUAUCUUCUAUGCAUACUCAUUCUUCCAAUCCAGGCACCUUGUUCACGGGCUCUUACGACUCCUCCAUACGUAGCAUAGACUUACAAAAGCAAGUAGCCGUCGAGGUUUACGGACCCAAGGACAAGCUCGAAGACUCGCCAGUAUCCGGCAUUGACAUGUCAGCAACUGAUCCAAACACCAUCUAUUUCACCACACUACAAGGUUCUUUCGGCCUCCACGACUACAGAACCCCCUCUUCCGACACAGUCAUGUACGAGCUCUCCGAUAAAAAGAUCGGCGGAUUCACCCUAAACCCCCUUGCACCACACUACCUGGCAACCGCAUCGCUCGACCGCACCAUGAAACUAUGGGACCUCCGCAAAAUCACUAAGAACCUCCCCACCCUCGUCGGCGAACACGAAUCCCGCCUCAGCGUCUCCCACGCCGCCUUCAACACAGCCGGCCAAGUCGCAACCUCCUCCUACGACGACACCAUCAAAAUCCACUCCUUUGGCGUCACUCCCGCUCCAACAACCACCACCCCAUCCUCCCGCAAACUCAAAAUCAAACAAUCCACCGAAAAACUCGAGAGCAUGCAGACAUGGAAACUAGGCCAUACACUCCCGCCUGAAGUGAUGGAGCCAGAAGUCACGAUAUCGCAUAACAACCAGACGGGGAGGUGGGUCACUAUCCUGAGACCACAGUGGCAGAGACAUCCACAGGACGGGAUUCAAAAAUUCGUGAUAGGGAACAUGAAUAGGUUUGUUGAUGUUUAUUCGGCGACGGGUGAGCAGUUGGCUCAGUUGGGUGGGGAGGGGAUCACCGCUGUGCCGGCUGUGGCUGUUUUUCGUCCGACGAAGGACUAUAUAGCUGCGGGUACUGCGAGUGGGAAGCUGUGUUUGUGGAUGUAA